AUGCACCCGCACCUCGUCAGUGCAGGGGAAGCAGGUGACCCCCAGGAGCCGACAGGGGCCCCUCGGCUCUGUUACGGAACCUACAGAAGCAAAUCAGUCACAUUCACCAACCGUCACUCACAGCUGUCUCCACGACGACAGAGGAAUGUACCAGCGUGUCUCCACAAGGACCAGGAAAACACCGAGAAGAGGGACCUCGCCGCUGUGAUGUCAUCAGAGAAGUCACGGGCCCUGGCUGAGUGGUUAGCGCUGCACCCUGGCUGA